UUCAAGAAGCCAAAAGCAGUCGAGACAGGCCCGUAUAACCGCAAACAACAAACCGACGCAGCCUGUACUUGCAGCGUUUAUUAUUGUUUAUGUCGUGUGACGCAUUUGCCGGAGUCAUCGGUAGUUCUUUCGUCGUGAGUUUCGAAAAGUCAACGACUCCACCGCCGCACACGCUCUAUUUUGGACAUUUGACUGAUCUAUGCUAACGUGACUGUCGUGAAGCUUCCGAUCCGGUAGUUAUCGGCCAGACGAGAUGUUUCUUCGGCUGAUGGUUUUUUUAUUUAUUGCCGCUACUUGUUUUAUGGUUUCUGAUGGUCAAGGUUCUGGUGGUGCAGUUAAAAAUUUUAUUGGUGAACCAGACUAUCGACAAGUCCGUCUUCACUGGGAAGCCGACAGUAAAGCAGUACCGAAAACUGGAUUCAACGUGAGGUACUGUGAGCUUCAAUCUUGGGGUCAGCAAAGAUGUCGAUUGCAGCCCCUCAGUAACAUUACCGAAGAAAAGAACUUCAUAGAUGGUGGAGAUGAAAUAAAACAAUAUUCCACGUACGUUCGGGGUCUAAGAAUGGCAACUACGUAUUCAUUUGAAGUAAAAGCCAUUAAAGAAAAGGAGGAAAAGGAACGUCAAGAUCGGGCAGAGGGAGACGAUAGAAAUCAGAAUUUGAUCGUUAUACCUACCAAAGGAUUUUCAGCAAAAGCAACGCAAUGUCUGCCACACGCCAGCGAAAUUGAAGUAUCAACAGGACCGUUCUUCGGUGGUAGAAUAGCGGUAGAAGCGGCGGACGGUGAAAGAUGUGCGAUAGAUGGCGAACCACAAAGUGCAAGAGAUACGUACACUUUAAGAAUUAACCACACAGAAUGCGGUAGUCAGGUGAACGAAACCACAGUGGCUACGUUCGUGCUGGUUCAAGAGAAUCUGCCUAUCUUAACUCAUAGUACUCGAAGGUUCUUAGUUCUAUGUUCUUACCAACCGGAGACAUUGACAGUACGAGCAGGAAUAAGCUUACCCACUGGUCAGCAGCACCGCGGGCAAGUUCAGAUGCAAUCAGCUUACGACGAAAAUGAAGAGGAUAAUUCGAUUGGAAGAAGAUCUAGAAACUUGAGGUUAGGGAGAGUCAUGCAGAAACCUGAGGCACUAGUCAAAGAAGAAAUCGUCCAUGAAAUCCAACCACCAUACCGAAGCCAAAUCGUUCCAAUAUUCGUCAUAACCAUGCUAUCCAUCGCCGGCGUCAUAGCAUUAGUUGCCAUAGCCUUAAAGAUAACCGGCAAAAGGAUAUUGAGGGAAAUGGACAAUAUCUCAAUAGCCUCAGAUUUAUCGGUAAGCAGCUCGAGCACAAUAUCCGAAAUAGAAAUGUGCAUCGACGAAAAACCGAACAAAGAAGUUAAGGAUGUUGUUUGAAAUUAUUAACGAUUUUUGCAUUAUUAAUAAUUGAUGAAAGACUGAGUAUAAGAGUCGAAAUGUGACGCCGCUGUGUAUAAGUGAUAAGACAAUAACUAAGAUUUAUAUACUCAGUUUUAAUAAGAUAAGACUAUAUUUGUUACGGUAGGCAAACGGAUGCAUUUUGAAUGCGAUAAAUAAUGUGCAAUUCGUAUCGCUUACUUAUGCAUUCCUAAAAUGUGAUAUAACUGGUAUGCGUUAAGUUUUAUUUGCGUAGUAGUGAGAAUCUUAAUUGUCUUUAAUUGGAUGUAGAUUGGUGUAUGUAACACAAUAUUGCUGAACUCAUCACAUUUUAUGCAUAUUUAUAAAGAUUAUGUUGUAAGAAUUUUAAAAUUAGUGAUAACUUUAAGUUUAAAUAAGGUUUUAUUUGAAUGAGCUACUGGUAAAGGAUCAAUGCACAACUCAAAGAAACUAUACUAAGUGUUCAAUUUUUUUGUACUUAAUGUCUUACUUGCAAUAAGUGACGGGUGUUUGGAUGGGAUUGAAUGCUGGGUAUAGUGUGCAACGCUGGGUAAAAUAAACAAUAAUUAUUAUAUUUAUUUUAUAUAAGAUUUUUUUUUAAUAAACACUAUUUAUACAAAAUAUAUAAAUGUUU